CAACCCAAACCCUAGUAGCCGUCAGACACGCCUCUCCCAUAUAUAACCACCUUAUUCUCCCAAAACACACACACAGAACGAGACACAGGCGAUCAACCAUGUCGAAGCGAGGUAGGGGAGGAUCGGCCGGGAACAAGUUCAGGAUGUCACUGGGUCUUCCCGUGGCAGCAACUGUGAACUGCGCAGACAACACUGGUGCUAAGAAUCUCUACAUCAUAUCCGUCAAAGGGAUCAAAGGUAGGCUCAAUCGCUUGCCUUCAGCUUGCGUUGGUGACAUGGUCAUGGCCACUGUCAAGAAAGGCAAGCCUGAUUUGCGUAAGAAGGUUCUUCCUGCUGUCAUUGUUCGCCAGCGCAAACCUUGGCGCCGAAAGGACGGUGUUUUCAUGUACUUCGAAGAUAAUGCUGGUGUCAUUGUGAACCCCAAGGGAGAAAUGAAAGGUUCUGCUAUCACCGGUCCAAUUGGGAAAGAAUGUGCUGAUCUGUGGCCAAGAAUUGCCAGUGCUGCCAAUGCUAUUGUCUAAAAGUGAAUUCUGUGCUCUUGGUGGUUGUAGGAUUCUAAUUUGGUAUUUGGGAGUUUUGCCUAGCUUAUAUAAUCAUUUCCUUGUUUUAUGGACAUGUGAUGAGAUAGUUUGUCUUUUCUCAUAAUGAGAGCUGUUAGUGUUAUUGCACUAUUUCUAUUUAUGCAAAUUUUUCAUGGUGGUGCUAAUUUAAUUAUAUCAUUUGCCUUUAGUUAA